AUGAGCUUGCAAGAGUUUGAAGCAAACCAUUCCCCCGUGAAGGAUUUUUACGAGGGGAAAACGAUUUUCCUUACCGGUGGGAGCGGGUUUUUGGGGAAGCUGUUCAUUGAAAAAUGGAUCAAGUGCGGUGUGCGCGAGAUUCUACUGCUGAUGCGCUCCAAGAAAGGCGUCAGCCCGGACGAGCGCCUGAAGGCACUGCUGAAAAAGGAGGCAGUGUUUGUGAGCUACCAGCAGCACCCGGAACGCUACUUGUCCAGGUUGAAGGUGAUCGAGGGAGACAUCAGCAAAGCGGGGUUGGCGAUCAGCAACGAUGAUAUGGAGUACAUGGUCAAAAACACCAACAUUAUUCUUCACUCGGCGGCAGACGUGCGGUUGAACGAAUCGAUGAAAGAGUCGGUUGAGACGAACGUCCGCGGUACGCAUCAUUUGUUGAAGAUAGCGGAAAACUGUACUAACCUUGAGGUGUUCGUGCAUGUAUCCAGCGCAUUCUCGCAGUGCAUUUACGAGACGGUGGAGGAAAAAUUCUACACACCCGUCAUCGAUCCGCUGGAAAUGAUCAAGUUGGUCGAAAGCCAACCACGGCUGGAGGAGCUCGAAGCCAUAUCGAGGAAGGUAGUGGAACCGUGGCCGAACACGUACUCGUUCACGAAGGCGCUUGCGGAAGAAGUUGUCCGUCGGUACAGAUCCAAGCUGCCAAUCGCCAUCGUGCGUCCGUCGAUUGUCACCUCAACCUACGCUGAUCCGAUACCGGGAUGGACGGAUAAUUUCUACGGUUUCAAUGGUGUGGUGAGCGGCGCGGGUACGGGUGUGCUGCGAAUCUUCCACAUUCGAGACGAGUACAAAGCGAACAUCAUACCGGCGGACAUCGUGAUUAACAGCACGCUAGCAGCGACCUACUACGCGGCCAAACAUCCGCAGGAGGAGAACGUGUUCAACUGCACCAUGGACGAGAACCACACCACCUGGGGCGACAUUCGGAACGAUUGCCUAUCGCAGAAGGGCGUGGUGGCGGUGAAGAAAUCGCUCUGGAUACCGACCUACAACACGACCCGGUACUACCAUGUGGCGAGCUUUUUGCAGAUCUUCUACCAUCUCAUACCGGCGGUGUUUUUCGAUCUGCUGAUGCGUCUGCGCGGUGAGAAGCCGCAAGUCUUGCGCCUGUACAGGACGGUCCACCGGUUUGCCGACGUGUUGCGGUUCUUCACGAACAAUCAGUUCCGGUUCGGGACCGGCCGUAUGCGGCAGGUGCUGGACGGGAUGGAGAUUGUCGAUCGGUACCUAUUUCCGUGCGAUAUGAGAUCGGUGGUUUGGAGCAAGUUUGGCGUGAACCAUAUCCGGGGCUGCCGGGUGUAUCUGCUGAAGGAGCCGUGGGAUACGAAUGAGGAGGCGCUACGGAUUCAUAAGCGCCGCCAGCUGAUACACUGGUGCAUGUUGGGGGUAAUCUAUGCAUGCUUUGCAUGGGUCAUGCUAAGGGCACUCGAAGCGGCCGGUGUGCCAGAUUUGAGAAGUUUCUUGGGCUGCACCGAAUUUGGGAGCAUUUAUUGA